AAAUCAAAGUGAGGUUAGAAACUUGUUUACUUACAGUUCGAAUUCAAUAUGUUUUGUUUUGCGUUUUGGUUCGAAUAAAGGAUGAAAAAAUCGAAAUAAUGAUUGAAUCAUGUUCACCUAAGUGUAUGUUGCUGAGUAUCAUCUUCCUCGGAGGGAUUACACUUCUGGUUUUAAUAAUCGAAAGCAAUUGGGCAUCAGCAAACAAUCGACCUGGCCUAGAGCUGCUUGAAAGGAACAUCUCUAAUCCAGCUGAGGCUUGUCCACAAAACGAGCAAUACAUUGUUGUUCAACCUUGCCAUCCAUGCACAGAUUUUGAAAUUAAAAGCAAGAGUGUUCAAAUUUGUGCCAAAACUCAUUAUAAAGAAGGAAUCAAGUGUCUGAAGUCAAAUCAUGUAAUCUACCAGAGCUGUACAAAAGUAGCCUGGCUGGAAGAAAAACGUUUUUGGGUCUUCGAAUUCUUAAUGGGCACUUCUAGCUUACUCUCAACUUGCAUAGUAAUUUUGAGACAGCGUAUUUUGGACCAUCGUCUGAUGAGGAAAGUCCAGAGACAGUUAGCAAAUAGCGUUUAGAAAACUGCAUGGAAGAAGAAGGAA